AUGGUGGACGAGAGGCCGAUCCGGCCGGCGACACAAGUUGCUCUUUCGGCCAUCCUGGAAAACACGCAGGACUCCCUGCUGUACACGGCAGAGUCAAGUGUUUUGAGCUCGCUGGAGCGAUCCAUGAACUUGGACGCGUCGUCGGCUUCGCAAGAAAAACUCCCUCUUCGAAAUCAGGAGGUGGCAGAAGAACUGCCUGCUGGAACCUCACAGACUCUGGAGGACUGGGGGAGGGUGGCCCGGGCAGGAAAGCGGCUGAUCCUGCAUGUCUCGACCACUGCUACUAUCACUAGUAUUGCCAUUACCAGCAUGAUCAUUACUGCUAUUGCUAUGUUACUGCUGUUGUUAUUAGUACCAGUAUUAGUCGUACUAAGUGUUAUUGCCAUUCUUCUUCAGCCCCUGGCCGUGAGAAGGACGUCUUGCCUGGUGGCUGUGAGCCGGAAGCUGUCGCCCCUUGGCCAAGCGUCUCUUUUGUAUGUAUAUAUAUAUAUAUAUAAGCAUAUAUAUAUAUAG